AUCCACUUUUUUUCUUAAAUAACACUCUAUUUCUCUUUGAUCCAAAAUGAAUGGGAUGAAAGGAGUAUUCUUAGUUGUAUUUUUAGUGGAUAGGAGAAGUGAAAUCGAAAAAUGGGUGUUUAAGAUGGAAAAAGAAUAAGUUUACAGAUAAGAUUAGAAAGAAAGUAGGAUUAUUGCCAAAGCGAGUAAUUAGUUACACAUUUACACCUUCCCUCCAUUUUUUACCUAAUUUUACCUCCUCAUUUCUUUUAAACAGUUGAACUACAACUAUCAACUUUAAACUUUUUAACUUUCAAGUUUCAACUUUGAAGCCUUUCAUUCAUUCACUUGAUUUAUACUCCUCUCUCAUUUCAUGAUCAAGUCUUUUACCUCUCUUCUUUCUCUCAUUUCCUUUGUCUUCUUCCUUCUAUUUCAUUGCUCAAAAUCUCAAAGCUUUCUCAUCAAUGGUUGUCUCUAUAACCCAAACUAACUUAAACUCACUUAUCACAAAAGCUUAACAAAAGAAUGCCCUGAAAAAAUGACACCACUUUACACUUUAUUAUUCCUCUGUUCACUCUUCCCACUUCUACUCUCCCCUGUUUCAGCUAAUUAUGGAAAAAUUAAAGAUACUCAAAAGUUAUUAAGCUUCAAAUCUUCCCUUUUCAACCCAAAUUUGCUUCAAAAUUGGCAAAUUUCUAAUGACCCAUGUCAAUUUACUGGUGUUUACUGCACAAAUUCAAGGGUUUCUUCAUUGGAUUUCACUUCUUUCCCUCUUUCUACUAAUUUUUCCUUUGUUUCAACCCAUCUUUUUUCUAUUGAGUUUUUAACUUCCCUUUCUCUUCAAUCCACUAAUAUUUCUGGUUCAAUUCAACCCUUUUCUCUUUGCUCUUCUUAUCUUUCAGAAAUUGAUCUCUCACACAAUUUCAUUUCUGGGUCUUUUUCCAAUAUAUCUCUGUUUUCUUCUUGUUCAUCUCUUUCAAGUUUGAAUCUUUCUUACAAUUUAUUGGAUUCUUCCAAGGAUUUAAGGGAUAAUGCUCAUUUUGGGGUUUCACUAAAAAUUUUGGAUGUUUCAGGGAAUCAAUUAUCUGGUGAACAAAUUCUUCCAUGGGUAUUAUCUCUUGGUUGUGAGAAAUUGAGUUAUUUGGCUUUAAGAAGUAACCAACUUGAGGGAAGUUUUUCUCUUUCUGGGUGUUCAAAUUUAGAGUAUUUGGAUCUUUCUAGCAAUAAUUUCUCAAUUCCCAUGCCUAAAUUUGGGGAAGAUUGGUCUAACUUGAAGUAUCUUGAUUUGUCUUCUAAUAAGUUUUUUGGGGAGAUAGAGGAAUCACUUGUGGGUUGCAACAGCUUGAGUUUCUUGAAUGUUUCUAACAAUCAAUUUAAUGGUGGAUUACCUAAACUUCCCUCUAAAAAUAUGGAGUUUCUCUACAUGGGUAACAACAAAUUUCAAGGUUUCAUACCUCUGGAUUUUCCUGAUGAUAUUUGCUCAACUUUGGUGGAAUUAGACCUCUCAAGCAACAAUUUCUUUGGUAUGAUCCCUUCUGGCUUCAAAUCUUGCUCUUUGUUGGAAAAAUUUGAUGUCUCUAGUAACAAUUUCACUGGGAAUUUGCCUGUGGAUGUGUUGUUGAAAAUGAGAAACUUGAAAAAAUUAAACCUUGCUUUUAAUCACUUUAAAGGUACUUUACCUGAUUCCUUCUCCAUGCUUAGUAGCUUAGAAUCCUUGGAUUUGAGCUCUAAUAACAUUGAUGGAAAAAUCCCACCUGGGAUUUGUCACAAUUCUGAGGGAAAGCCCAGUAAUCUGAAAGAACUUUUUCUUCAAAAUAAUCAGUUUAGUGGCCAUAUACCAUCCUCUUUAGGUAAUUGCUCUCAGCUUGUUUCACUGGAUCUUAGCUUCAAUUACCUCAUUGGGAGAAUCCCAACUAGUUUGGGUUCUCUUACUCAGCUUAAAGACUUGAUCAUGUGGAUGAACAAGCUUGAUGGGGAUAUCCCUUCUGAGCUUAUGUACAAUCUUGCACUAGAAAAUCUGAUCUUAGACUACAAUGAGUUGACUGGUAGCAUCCCAUCUGGCCUGAUGAACUGCGAAAAUUUGAACUGUAUUUCAUUGUCGAGCAACAAGUUGACGGGAAGAAUACCGUCUUGGAUUGGUAGCUUGAACAAUCUAGCCAUCCUUAAGCUCUCAAAUAACUCGUUCUAUGGCGAAAUUCCACCGGAGUUGGGGGACUGCAGGAGCUUGUUAUGGUUGGAUUUGAAUAGCAAUUUGCUGAGUGGGAGUAUUCCUCCUGCGUUAUCAAAACAGUCGGGUACUAUUGUUCUUAAUGUUCGGAAGAAGUAUUGGUACCUGAGGAAUAGCGGAGGCCAAAAGGACUGCCAUGGCACCGGAAAUUUGCUGGAGUUUGCUGGGAUUAGGCCGGAUGCUGUUAAUCGAAUUCCUACAAUGUGCAAAUUUGAGCAAAUAUACAACAGUCAUGCAAAGCCAAAUUUUGAUAAAAAUGGUUCCAUGAUAUUCCUAGACCUGUCUUAUAACAAUCUCCAAGGUAAUAUCCCAAAGGAGCUCGGCACAAUGUCGUUUAUGUGGAUAUUGAAUUUGGGUCAUAACAGUCUCUCGGGAGAAAUUCCCGAAGAUCUUGUUGGGAUGAAAUUUAUCGGUGUUAUGGAUCUCUCAUAUAAUCAUCUAUCGGGAUUGAUCCCACCCGCCUUAGGCACUCUUUCUUUGUUGACAGAUAUGGAUGUGUCGAAUAAUGAACUCACAGGUAUGAUUCCUGAAGUGGGUCAGUUUGAUACUUUCCCUCCUUCUAGGUUCUACAAUAACAGUGGUCUCUGCGGCUUUCCCUUGCCGGUUUGUUCUAAAAACUUGAAAACCAAUUCAUCAGAUGAUCAAAGACAUGGGAAGCACCGCAAUUCGCUUGCACGAAGUGUGGCAACGGGGGUGUUCUCGUCUCUAAUCUGCAUAAUCGGGUUGAUCAUAGUAGUCAUUGAGCUGAACAAGAGGAGGAAAAAGAAGGAAUCCUUACAAGAUAUGUACAUAGACGGUAUCAAUUCCCACUCAGGCAGCCUAAACACUUCCGCUUGGAGAUUUCCCAGUAAACGCGAAGCACUGAGCAUCAGCCUUGCAACAUUCGAGAGUAAACCCCUUCGGAAGCUCACUUUUGCUGAUCUUCUAGAAGCCACAAACGGGUUCCAUGACGACAGCAUGAUAGGUAAAGGCGGUUUUGGUGAUGUUUACAAAGCUCAGCUCAAGGACGGGAGUGUGGUUGCUAUCAAGAAGCUGAUACACAUAAGUGGACAGGGAGAUAGAGAAUUCACUGCUGAAAUGGAAACCAUCGGAAAAAUCAAGCACAAAAACCUUGUGCCGCUUCUCGGAUACUGCAAAGUAGGGGAGGAGCGGUUAUUGGUAUAUGAAUACAUGAAAUAUGGAUCACUCGAUGAUGUCCUCCACAAUCCUAAGAAGGCCGGGGUGAAGCUGAAUUGGGCGGCAAGAAAAAAAAUUGCGAUAGGAGCAGCUCGCGGGUUAGCUUUCCUGCAUCAUAACUGCAUCCCACACAUAAUUCAUCGGGACAUGAAAUCUAGCAAUGUUUUGGUAGAUGAAAACUUAGAAGCUCGAGUAUCAGAUUUUGGGAUGGCUCGACUGAUGAGUGCAAUGGAUACUCAUUUGAGUGUGAGCACAUUGGCUGGUACUCCAGGAUAUGUUCCACCCGAGUACUACCAAAGUUUUAGAUGUUCGACAAAGGGGGAUGUGUACAGCUACGGUGUGGUGCUUCUCGAGUUAUUGACAGGGAGACAACCUACAGAUUCGGCAGAUUUUGGGGACAAUAAUCUUGUGGGAUGGGUGAAAAUGCACGCAAAAUUGAGAAUAAGUGACGUUUUUGAUCCAGAGUUAAUAAAGGAAGAUCCGAAUCUGGAAAUAGAGUUGUUGCAGCAUCUGAAAAUCGCUUGUGAUUGCUUGGAUGAUCGGCCUUCAAAACGACCUACAAUGAUUCGAGUCAUUGGGAUGUUCAAAGAAAUACAAAUUGGUUUAGGACUCCAUUCAGCAUCCACCGCACAAGACGAAGGUCUUACCAAUACCAUGGGAGGAAGUUUCAGCACUUUGAUCGAUGUGUUAAAUACGAGCAUAGAAGAAGUCCCGGAACCUGAAGGAAAUUACAGACAUUAGCACCGUCCUUAAAAUUCGACGAAUUUUCUAAACAAUUCAAGGAUUAGAUGAAGAUGAAAAUGGUUCAAAAGCUCCAUGCAAAUCAUGUUAUACCACUUUGAAAUGGUAUAAACAAAUUUUUUUUACUGUAUCCACUUCAUCUACUAGUGUUUGUAUCCGUCCUCUUCA